UCAAUCAUCAACACUAUGAUCAAAAUUCAAGUCUCUUUUCUUGCACCUGCGCCAGAGACCUUGUAUAUUUAUAUGUGGUAGUUGGGGUUUUGUUUCUUCUCUCCCAUCAAGAAGGUUAGAUGACAGAGCUGCCUCUCUGCAUAACUUAGUUUCCCAAAAAGCCUCGCAAAAUCUCUCUCUCUCUCUCUCUCUCUCUCUCUCACUCAAACACACUUACACAAAGCGACCCAAUGGCUCCUAUGACAGAAGAGUCCAUUAAAAGAAAAGCGAAGGCAGGGGAAGCCAUGAAAAGCUCAAAAAGGGAAGUCAACAAGGGAGCAUGGACAGCAGAGGAAGAUCACAAACUAGCAGAGGUUAUUGAAGUACAUGGUGCAAAAAGAUGGAAGACAAUUGCCUCAAAAGCAGGCCUCAAUCGGUGCGGCAAGAGUUGCAGGCUAAGAUGGUUGAACUAUCUAAGACCCAACAUCAAGAGAGGAAAUAUAUCUGACCAAGAAGAGGACUUGAUCCUUAGGCUACACAAACUUCUCGGAAACAGGUGGUCUUUGAUUGCUGGAAGAUUGCCGGGUCGAACAGAUAAUGAAAUAAAAAACUACUGGAACUCUCAUUUGAGCAAGAGAAUAAUCCAGAAGGAGAAGCAAAUUGGAGCCAACCCAACAAGACAAAUGGUCUCCACAGACCACAAACUAAGCCUAGCAGAACAUCACCAGAAGGUCCACAUAGAAAUGAAAGAAGACUCGUCAUCAGAAGAAGGUGCUAGCUUUGCAUCCAAAGACUCGAACAAAAACAUGAACAAUAUUGAUGUUGAUGACUUCUUUGAUUUCUCCAACGAGGGACCUUUGAAUUUGGAGUGGGUGAGUAAAUUCCUGGACUUCGAUGAUGACAGAUGGCUUAUUAACUGAUGCCACUUUGUUGUCUGCUUCGUUUGGUUACUCUUCGUGGAUUUGGUGCAGUUCAUGAUCAUCAGAGAGUUGUAUGUUAUAUUUCACCAUCUGGACAACUUUUUUCCUUUUCUUUCUUACUGGGUUAAAAUUUUAGUUGAGGAAUCUGGUGGAGUUUAUGUCGGUGCGCUGAAACUGUAAAUCACUGAGGCUUUUCGAUGCUCCUAAUCAUAUUCGUGAAUCGAGUUCUGCCUUCUCUUCUAUA